AUGACAAUUUAUGACAACCCUGCAAUUAAAGUUAGUUUGCCAUCAGCCAUAACUCCUCAAAAUAUUAUGUCUGGUUUUGCUGUGAGUGGAAUAUGGCCUUUUGAACGAAACAUUUUCGUUGAUAUCGAUUUUGCGACGUCUUAUGUAACAGACAGGCCCGCAACUCAACAAGAAAAUCAUCAGCCUGAUCAAAAUGUAGCCAGUGAUGCCCCAAUCGUAGAAAAUAUGUUAGACACAUACAGAACUCCAUCACCAACUACUGGACCCAGUGCAGUGAUCAUGCCAGCACAAAAUGUACCAACGCCUGAAUUAAUUAUGCCAUUCCUGAAGGCGCCUGAAAAGAAAACCACUUCUAAUCGUAGAAAGACAAUAAGCGCUGUUUGA